AUGGCAUAUCGUCGCGGGGGAGGGCGGCUUCAUCGCCUCCUCCUCUCACUACUUCCCAUGCGGGUUCCCGCCCAAUCUGUAUGCCAUCUCUGCCUGGUCUCUUCUAGACCUCAGUACUCUCUCGCUCGCUUGUUGCCUUUUUUGGGAAAAGCAUCAUCAGCGAAGCAUCGUCUCUCACGCAACCACCAACCCCUGACGAUUCGGUUGUGUUUCGAUUGCGUUGAAGAAGAAGAGAGAAGGCGUUAG